CUUGUAGAAAAGCACGUACCGUGAAUGUACCGUUUUAGCCAUUUUUUGUGUGUACAGUUCAGUGGUGUUAAGCGUAUCCACGUUGUUGUGUAAUACAUCCCCAGACGUUUUUGGUCUUGAAUAGCUGAAACUCUGUCACCGUUAAACAAGUCCCCUCCCCCAGCCCCUGGAAACUUCCAUUCUUUUUUGUCUCUGAACUUGACUUAUCCUAAGUAGGUCCUGUAGGUGGAACCCUGCAGUGUUUGUCCUGCUUUGUCUGGUUCAUUUCACUGAGCAUGUUGUUCUCCCAGUGUAUCACUGUUGUAGCCGUGUGUUGGAAUUUCCUUCCUUUUUAGGGCUGAACAAUAUUCCAUUGUAUGGAUGGACCACAUUUUCUUUCUUCAUUCAUCUGUCAGUGGGUGUUUGGGUAGUUUCCAGCUCUUGGCUAUGGUGAAGAGCACUGCUGUGAACACGGGUGUACAGAUAUCUUCAAGACCCUGCCUGCGGUUCUUUUGUUUACAUACCCUAUUGUGCAUCUUCAUAGUCCUUCUCUCUGACACGUCAGAGCAGUUGCAGUACUUUGAGGAGAUCCUCCAUUGUUGGGCAGCACGUGCUCUGAGCCUCAUCAUAACCUACAGUUUAAAGAGCUGGGAUCUUACCUUUGUGGUGGCACGAUGUCUGGGCUUUACUUACAAACCGCCUGACAGCGCUUUUGAGGGGUGCUCGCCUUGGCCCUGGGCGGAGCAGGGAAGGUUCCCGGAGAAAGGAAAGGGCGGUCCUGGAAGCCAGGGGGGGGAGGGGGUGCAGACCUGGGCACCUGCUCUUAGCGCCGCCCUUGCCUGUUUUCUGCCCGCCCCCUCUCCUGACGUCAGGUCUCUGAAGAGAUCCUUCCUGACCACCCUCUUGAAGCAGCGUUCCCAGGAGCUCUUGGUCCCUUACCCUCUUGUGUGCGGAACAGUGACGCGUGGAUGGUUUUCUGUGCUUGUUUUCCUUGUCUUGAACGUCCGUUUGUUCAGCCAGGGCAGGGGUUGUAGUUGUUUUGUUAGUGACGUUUCUCUCGUGCUUGGAGAGUAGAGCCUGGCAGAUAGUGGUGCUCCUGAGCGUGGAGGGAGGAGAGGGAACGUGGUCCGGGCUGAAGGAGCAGCCGGCAGGGGUGUGGCCAUCGUAGGAGAUCUUGGGGUUUGGGGGGGGUGGGGGGGCUGAGAGAGGUGUAGGGCAGGCUUGUGGGGGCAGUUGUAGACUUUAGUAAGAUGCACCGUCCGAAAGCAGUGGACUGAGGCUGGCAGGACGACGGGGUGUGGCAGCCGCUGGGGGGUGUGUCCUGCUGCCGGCAGCUGCCAGCUCGGUGCAGUUCUCUUUCAACAUGUUCGACCACCCCAUCCCCCGGGUCUUCCAGAACCGCUUCUCUACGCAGUACCGCUGCUUCUCUGUGUCCAUGCUCGCGGGGCCGAAUGACAGGUCAGAUGUGGAGAAAGGAGGGAAGAUAAUUAUGCCGCCCUCAGCCCUCGACCAACUCAGCCGACUCAACAUCACUUACCCCAUGCUGUUCAAACUGACCAACAAGAACUCGGACCGCAUGACACACUGCGGCGUGCUGGAGUUCGUGGCUGACGAGGGCAUCUGCUACCUCCCGCACUGGAUGAUGCAGAACCUGCUGCUGGAGGAGGGGGGCUUGGUUCAGGUGGAGAGCGUCAACCUGCAGGUGGCCACGUACUCCAAGUUCCAGCCCCAGAGCCCCGACUUCCUGGACAUCACCAACCCCAAGGCCGUGUUAGAAAACGCACUGAGAAACUUUGCGUGUCUGACCACCGGGGACGUGAUCGCCAUCAAUUACAACGAGAAGAUCUACGAGCUGCGGGUGAUGGAGACCAAGCCCGACAAGGCCGUGUCCAUCAUCGAGUGCGACAUGAACGUGGACUUCGAUGCUCCUCUGGGCUACAAGGAGCCGGAGAGACAAGCCCAGCACGAGGAGGCCCCCGAGGGCGAAGCUGACCACAGCGGCUACGCUGGGGAGCUGGGCUUCCGCGCUUUCUCCGGCUCCGGGAAUAGACUCGAUGGGAAGAAGAAGGGCGUAGAGCCCAGCCCCUCCCCAAUCAAGCCUGGAGACAUCAAGAGAGGAAUUCCCAACUAUGAAUUUAAACUUGGUAAGAUCACGUUCAUCAGAAAUUCACGUCCGCUGGUCAAAAAAGUUGAAGAGGAUGAAGCUGGAGGCAGAUUCGUCGCUUUCUCCGGAGAAGGACAGUCCUUGCGUAAAAAGGGAAGAAAGCCAUAGGUUGGGAUGGUUGGCUGAUUGGAAAAUAAAAUAAUUGCAACAUG